AUGGCCGAGAUCGCAGGAAGCAACGUCGAACGCAUGCGCGCGUUUGUCAAGGAUGUGCAACAAAACGGCAACCUGGAACUCUUUGAUCGCUUCAUCCAUCCAGACUGUCGCGACCAUCCCCUGACGCCCGGUCAACCCAAUGAUUAUAAAGCGAUCCGUGGAAUCAUCGAAGGUCUCCAUGACUCAUUUUCUGACAUUAAAGUCGAGAUUCUCCAUUGUGUUGAGCAUGACGGCACGGUGGCUACCAAUAAGAUUCUGAGUGGCGUGCUCGUGAAGGAGUGGAACGGAAUGGUGCCGGAUGGGAAACGUGUGCAAAUGAGAAUCAUGGACUUUGUACGAUUUCACGGAGGGAGAAUGAUUGAGCAUUGGGCGACUGCCAACCCGCUCGGUGAUGGCUAG